AUUUUCUCGUCGCCGGUCGACGUAAAGCCUAGUAACCAGCUCUUCUUGCUCAAUCAAACGAUACCACCACUACCGUUUCCCCCACCAAGCCAAAUAUAACCCAACAAUCGAAAUGGCAGCCAUCCAGCUUAACUUCACCCUCCGCACCUCCGCCAACUGCAAGACCGUCCACUUGCUCGGCUCCUGGGACAACUACGCCGGCCAGCUUCCCCUUUCCAAGGAUGCCGCCAAGGUUGGUGGCUGGAAGGGCACCUUCCGCUUCCAGGGCAACACCUUGAAGCAGGGCCAGCGCUACUGGUACUACUACAUCAUCGACGGCUACCACGUCUCCCACGACCCGGCCCGCGAGGCCGUCACUGAGCCCACCACCGGCCGCAAGCUCAACGUCCUCGACAUCCCCAAGGCCAACGGCGCCGCCGCCACCGAGGAGUCUGCCCGCGCCGCCGCCAAGGCCGCCCGCCACUCCCGCCGCAUCAGCUCCGCCAAUGUCCCAAAAGGCCGCGCUCUCUCGCCCUCCCAGAUCAAGUCACCCAAGCCAGUGCGCCCGGGCGAGACCUCGCACAUCCGCACGCACGCCGACGUUGAGAAGCUCGCCAGCAAGUUCGCCGAGGCCGAGAUCUCCGACGAGGAGUCCGAGGAGGAGAGCGAGGAGGAGGACAGCGACGACGACUCCGAUGUCCCAUCCCUCACCAGCUCGCGCAGCAGCAACAGCUCCUCCCCAUCCUCCGUCAGCUCCACCUCCUCCUGCUGCACAUGCGAGCGCUACGGUAUCACUCGUGCCGGCGCCCGCGUCAAGCUCGACUGCGGCGGUUCCCGCUGCGGCUACUCCGACGGCUCCGACUGCUCGUCCGAGUCCGAGGAGGAGAAGGUUGCGUGCCGCUCGCGCCGCCAUGGCAUCGUCGUCCGCAAGUGAACGCCUGCAGAUAAUGUCACGCAGUAGUGAUCAAAACCGGAAACACAGGAGAGGACGACCUUGAAUGGCUACCACACUCUUUCGAUCCACAUAUUUUGGCUUCUCCACCAACCCUGAGGACCGUUCACACGCCGCUUUCAGCUGGUCUGUUAGUGGCUGUGCUACUGUGUCGCUCGCGCGCUGCGCUUAUGCGGCUAAUCUUCGACAAGUCGGGCACUCUGCAGUACUUGCGGAGCACGCUUUGUGGAGGAAGAGGAGAGCAGAUGAGAGGGAGAGGAAGGAACCUGACAAGAGCGGGCACGUUGCUUGCACGUCAGCACGUCCAUCCCAGCAGACGAUAGAGUGGAGGAGGGAAGCUGUUCAGCUUGCCGCGCGUAGUACGUAUGUCGCUGCUAGUCAAGUCAAGAAGCUGUUCAGCAUCAUUUCCACUUUGCGCUUUACUCUGAUCUUGCAUGAACCUGCGUGC